AUGUCCAAUAUUGUAAAUAUCACAAGUCAGAACACAAAUCAGAAUAAUGUUAAUAAAGAUGAACAAAUUGAUAUAGAUGUCACUAGUACAGAAGCUUUUAGGGCAUGCCUUGAUAAAAUAUUUUACCUUAAUCAAGAUCCAAUGGCCAUUAUUGUGGAUCAAUUAUAUGUAGAAAUUAUCGAUUUGUUUAAUAAAGGAAAAAAUUCCAUUCCAGAAAUUAUUAAAAACUUUCUUGAUACAAAUUGUAAAUCGAAUUAUGAUGUUUUUAAAUGGUUAUUAUUUUACCAUAAAGAUAAACCAGAAUAUGAUUGUCUUUUAGGUAUAUUCUUUCGUUGGAAUAUUGGAACUGAUGGUACUAAAGGGAACGCUUUUCAACAUUUUCAAGAUGCUGCAACAAAACAAAAUUCUUUAGCAAAAUAUCUUGAAGGAAAAUGUUAUGAAGAUGGUUGGAAUGUUAAGAAAAAAAGAACUAAAGCUAUUGCUUGUUUUACACAAGCAAGUGAUGAUUGUGCGGCUGCAGGAUACGCACUUGGUGCUUAUUAUUAUAAAAAACAAAAGUUUUAUUUAGCAAUGAAAUGGUUACAAAAAUCUGCUGAUAAAGGAAAUGUUAUGGCAUUACAUUUAUUAGGGAAAUGUUAUCAAAAAGGACGAGGAACUAAUUUUAAUGUAUCUAAAGGAUUUGGUUUAUUUAUGCAGGCUGCUGAAGGUGAUUCACCUGAAGCUCAAUACGAAAUCGGUCAAUGCUUUGAAUUUGGUCAAGGAACGACAAAAGACCUAGGAAAAGCACUUGAUUGGUAUAAAAAAUCAGCAUCCAAUGGUAUUGGAUGUUAUACAGAUUUAGAACGUACAAGAGCAAAGAUAAUGAAACAAAUUUAA